AUGGCUUCAGUUUGCUGCAACAUUUGCGUAUAUUUGGUAACAUUAGCUGUACUUAAAACUGAUGGUGUUACAGAAAAUAUAGGUCCCAAUGAUUUUUACAAAUUUAAGGAAAUAGCGCUUAUCAUAAUUUUCAUUGGGUUGCUCUCAUCAAUGUUGUUUUAUUGUGGGUUACUGGGUAAAUAUGAAGAGGAAGAAAUGGAGCCACUAUUAAGUAAUGGUCAUAUAGACAUUGAACUGAAAGACUUAAACCCCCAAAAUAAUAAACAUUUCCUAAAAUAUUCUGUUACGUAUUGUGUUUCAGUCAUGUACAUGUGUUCAAGACUAUUUACGACAUUAAAUUUGAUAUAUAUUCCCUUGUAUAUAGAUGAACGAGGAGAAUUGAAUGAUAUAGAAAAAGAAAGUUUGAGACAGACAAUUGCUAGUAUUCCUUUAACAUCAUACAUAGCUUCUUUCGUCACAUCAGUGGCUUUAAAAUGUCGCAUUGGUAUAUUAACAGAUCAGAUAACUUACUUAAUUGGAUCAAUAAUUGGAGUUGUAGCUUCAAUAUGGAUUGGUAUUGGGAUUUCAUCAAACUCUGACUUUGAAUUAUACGCUAUCGCUGCUUUAUUAGGAAUAACUGGUUCAACAACGAUGGUUUCUAGUCUUUGUCUUACAGCAAAUUUUGUCAAAAGCAACAGUUUAGGGGGCGGUCAAGUUUACAGCAUAGUAACUUUUACAGACAAAUUGAUAUCUGGAACUAUCGUGCUCAUAGUCCAACAUUUACAAUGCACACCAAGAAAUUCCUGUCCAUAUUUUUACAAAAAUGUGUUAACUUUUAUUUCAGCCUCUGUAUCAUUAAUAGCAAUUGUAGCUCUGAUUUUUUUA